UGAUUUGUUAAGUUAUUCUUAACAACUGGCAAUUUCUUCGUUAUUCUUCUUCAGUAAACAAUGAAAUAUUUCAUAACUAAUGUACGAAUUGCAUCACGGCGAUCACGGUCGAUGUUCACAACCUUCACAACAUAUCGUUUUAGUUAAAGCCGGUUAAUUUUAUUUACUAGCAGUAUUUUACGAUGCCUACAGCCGAAUCAUCUCAGCCGUCUACAACAAAGGAUCCGGUUCCCUGUCGCACAUGCGUAGAUUUUAAAUCGUGGUCUAAACAACAGAGGAAAGCGCUUUCUUCAAGUAGUGAAAAUAGUUCGGAAUCCGUGCCAUCCGCUUCGGCAAAAUCUCCAAAUACAAGCCACGGCUCAAAUGGCCUACCAGCGCACUGCCCCCUAGACAAGGAACGCUUAGGACUAUAUACAUGGGGCCUAUUGCAUACAAUGGCCGCAUAUUUUCCCGACAAUCCCACCAGUGAAGAACAAACUAAUGUGCGGCAAUUCUUCAGCGCUUUUGCUAGAGUGUAUCCCUGUGAAUAUUGUUCCAAAGAUUUUCAGGCAGAGCUAAAGAAAACUCCACCGGAAACAAAAUCCCAGCAUGCACUGUCCCAAUGGCUGUGCCGAAUGCAUAACACUGUAAACGCAAAACUUGGAAAACCGGAAUUCGAUUGCUCCAAGGUUAAUGAACGUUGGCGUGAUGGACCUGCUGAUGGCUCUUGUGAUUAGUGGAAUUUUAGAGAAUUGAAUAUUGUUUAUCUCAUAAAUGCGAAUAGGACUAUCUUUUACUGAAGAUUUAUAAAUCACAUAGUUUUGCUGUUAUAGUUUUCAGUUCAUUUGUGGGUGAACAUGUCUCUUUAGCAUCCUAAUUACAUUUCACUGUUGUGUGGUUAAAGAAGUAUUUUUUUUUAUAUUCUUUUAUGCAAUAUCCUAGUAGAGAUACUUUAUUUCAAAAGGAUUUCUUAAGUAGUAGUAGUAUGUAGUAACAUAUUUAUCAAGUCCAAGUUUUUUAUUAAAUUUUUGCAAUAGUUGUUUAUGGAUCUGUGAACAAAAAUGUCACAAUCAAAUUGAAAUUGUUAGUAAAUAAUUUCUUUACUUUCACAUAAAUGCAAUAUGAAAAAUAUUCUAGUACAUGCUAAUUUACACUUGAAGAUUAGUACUUAAAAAGAGGUUCUAACUCAGACGUUAGACCUCUUUUAUUUUUGUUCGUAAGUAAUUUCCAAACAUAGUAGUUUUAGGAUAGAAAUAUGAUUUUCAAAUUCCUUUUUUCUCAAAUAUAAUUAAUUUACUCCAGACACAUUUGAGGCGUUGCGAACCAGAGUGGUCUAUGUGCCAUUGAGCAAAUUGUCCAGAAGAAGCAAUUUUCGAAAAAUCUCUGAAUAAAAUUCUGUUCAACGGAUUCUUUCAAACAAAAUGUUCUAAUAUAAAGGUUAUGAAGUGGUUUAA